UGGAAUGGGAUUUUCUUAUGGAUAUGGUCCCAAAGGAGGAUAUACCAGGGAUCCUCGUCUUUGGCUUUUUCUAUCUGGGAAUGCAGAUAAUCUGCCAAUUCUACCCAACCAAGCAAAAGAGUGUUAAAAUUUUUAUCUACUCGUUAGCUUGAUAUAUUUGAAGCUUUUGCUUUUGGUAAGGGCUUGACUGAAACCAUAGAGACAUUUUCUAAUUGAGAAAAUUUGUGAAGUCUCGGAGACAUGGAUGAAAACAGUUCAUUUUCAUCUCUAAGUGCCCUCCCAAAAUCUAAUUGAAUCCUCUUUUGCCAUUGCUAACUUUCUUAAUCAAAAAAUAAGGACAGCACUUAGGUAUAAAUUUUAAUGGAGUCUAAAAGAUCAUUGAGUCACCGUAUUAGAAACCAAGCUGUUCAAUUCAUUAGGAUACUUUUUUGAUUACCCUACACUACAAUUACUUAUCAGUAAAUAUUAAAAUUCUAACAACAAUUCAUUUUUGUAAGUAAUUACAAUGUGCUCAAGUUUUGGUAAGUAAUACAAAUUUAGUAAGCAUACAUCCACAAUUCAUUUGGCUAUUUAUAAUUUCAGAUUAUGUUCAUAUUUCUGUCCAAGUGUCCAGUUCAAGUUGAAUUAAGCCAAUAUUUUUUAUAUCUAGCUUGAUCUACAUAUUCUCUCCCUCUUAAAAUUAUUGUCCCCCUUAUGAAUUAGCAUCACUUUGUCAAAUACUCAUGUUGACUUCUACUGUACUCUUUUGUCGUGUUUGAGAGACUGAACUUCUGAAGUCAAUCAAGCCGUAAGGAUUAUUCAUGUUAUGUGCUUGUGGGACUAAUUGAAAUAUACGUGCAAUGAUGCUACUAGACAUAUGCAAUGCUACUUGGGAUCAAUACCAACCCUGUGUUAGCUAAGGAGGCUUCACUUGAAGAAAGAUCUGAAAAUGAUGCAGAAGUGGCUGAUAUAGUUGGGUUACGCAAAAUAGAGGAUGAUUCUGUGAAAUCCAAUAUACAUACAGCUAAAUGGAGAGUUUUUACAGAUAAUGGGAGGGAAUCAUUUAUGCAGGGAAAAUUGGAGGAAGCUGAAAGGUUCUUCUUUUCUGCACUACAAGAAGCUAAAGAAGGUUUUGGGGAGAAGGAUCCACAUGUUGCAUCUGCAUGCAACAACCUGGCAGAGUUGUAUAGAGUAAACAAAGCAUUUGAUAAAGCGGAACCACUGUAUUUGAAGGCCAUUGACAUACUAGAAGAAACAUUUGGUCCUGAAGAUAUACGGGGAAAAAAAAGGGUAAAGAAAGAAAGAAAGGAUUCCCUAAGCUUUAUUUUACAGAGUUGGUUGAGAAUCCACUUGUCCAUGCACUAUAUGUUUAUUUUUUACAGAGUUGGUUCUGCCUUUCACAACCUUGGGCAAUUCUAUCUUGUGCAGCGGAAGCUGGAAGAAGCUCAUACCUGCUAUGAGCGUGCUUUAAAGAUAAAGGGUCGUGUUCUUGGACUUAACCAUAUAGAUUAUGCAGAUGCUAUGUAUCAUCUUGGAACGGUCCUGUAUCUCCAAGGAAAAGAAAAAGAUGCUGAGGCUCUUAUUCAGGAUUCUAUCAGAAUACUAGAGGAAAGUGGUCAUGAAGAGUCAAUAAUGUGUAUCAGGAGAUUGCGAUAUCUUGCACAGAUUUACCUGAGAUCCAAUCGUCCAGGAGAGGCUGAGAAUGUACAGAGAAAAAUCCUGCAUGUUAUGGAAUUAAUAAAGGGAUGGAAUUCUCUGGACACCAUAAUUGCAGCAGAAGGAUUGGCUUUAACCCUACAAUCAAAUGGGAAUUUAAAUGAAGCACUGGAGCUUCUUGAAAGAUGUCUUGACGCUCGAAAAGUCUUACUUCCUGGUGAUCACGUACAGAUAGCUGCCAACAUGCUUCACAUUGCUAGGUUGGCAAUGCAUAAUUCCAGCAAACUGAGGAAGGUGGAUACUUCGAAAGCAAUUACUGAGCUUAAUAAGGCAAAAGAUCUUUUAACGGAUUCCAUAAGGAUAGCAUCCCUUUUGUUAAAUAAAGCCAUGAAAGAAAAUAGAAAAGUGCUAAAUAAUGGAGCAUCUGGAGAAACUAAAAAGCAUCUGCGUACAGCGUUAAUCAUAUUGUUGCAAUCACUUGAUGCUCUUGGGCUUUUGGAGAUUGAGAAGCAAGAGCUGCAAGAGUUGAAGGAUGAGCACUCACCAGUUGAGGCUGAAAAUGCGCUUUUGAGAUGCAUUUCUGCUUAUAGAGAGUUUGGAACUGAAAGCUCAAUUUCUGAUACUCAUGAGGUCAAGGUCGAAUAUCUUUCAUGUCUAAAGCAUUUUUCAAGCUUAAUAAGUGAUAACCAUACUCAGAGGAAACAUCAAAGUCAAGGAAUCGAUUUUGAGGAUCUUAAAGGAGAGAUAAAACGCCUUGAAGUUGAAAUUUCUCAUCGAAGACAAAGAAACUAAAAGCUUGGCUGUAUCGAUGCUGAUUUUUGGUUCCACCUGUGGUAAAAACUACAUUUAUAACAAAAAAUAAAUAUAUAGUAUGAAUAAUUUUGUUCAAAUAAAAGACAUCACACAACAUAAAGUGGGCGACAUGCAUUCUACCAUCUUCAGUGGGAUGUCUAUAUUUUUCUUUUA